CAAAGUUAUCAAUAUCAACACAACGCUGACAGUCAGGUUCGUGAAUUCAAAACGAAUGGGAGAAACAAUUGCCGUUUGUAAAUUACAUAAAAAAACACAGACGUUUUCGCUGAUCUAGUUUUGGUUCAUAAUCGUUUGAAAGUAAGUUUUCACCAAUCUAAAUCGAAUCAUCUUCUUCAAAGUGUUGAAUUAUUUCAAAAAAAUGAGUUUGGUUGUGAAAUCGGUGUCAACUAAACCAUAUGAUGGUCAAAAACCUGGCACUAGUGGUUUGAGAAAGAAGGUGAAAGCUUUCCAAGCUGAAAAUUAUACAGAAAAUUUCAUCCAGUGUAUUUUGGAUUCGAGUGAAGGUGCUGUUGCUGGUUCUUCAUUGGUUGUUGGUGGCGAUGGACGUUUCUUCUGUAAAAAAGCCGCCGAAAUUAUUGUCCGAAUCUGUGCUGCGAAUGGAGUUUCAAAGUUAUAUAUUGGAAAAGAUGCCAUUCUAUCAACUCCAGCUGUAUCAAGCUUAAUUCGCCAUAACAAAGCUUAUGGUGGUAUUCUAUUGACAGCCUCACACAAUCCCGGCGGUCCAGACAAUGAUUUUGGCAUAAAAUUUAAUUGUGAGAAUGGUGGACCAGCUCCAGAUAAUGUUACAAAUAAAAUCUACAAGCUGUCAACAAAAAUUGUUCAGUAUAAAAUCGUCGAGGGACUGGAAAUUGAUUUAACAAAAUUAGGUGUUAACAGCUAUAGCGUCAAUGGAAUGCCAUUCAGUGUGGAAAUCAUCGAUCCAGUCGCUGAUUAUGUGUGUCUUAUGAAGGAGAUUUUCGAUUUUGAUUGCUUGAAAGUCUUUGUCAGUGGAAAAAAAAUUGGUUCACCAUUGAAACUUCGCAUCGAUUCAUUAAACGGAGUUACCGGCCCUUAUGUAAACGAAAUCUUUCUUAAUUGCUUGGGCGCAACUCCGGAUAAUGUUGUACAUACAACACCAUUGGAAGAUUUCGGUGGAUUACACCCAGAUCCAAAUCUUACAUAUGCAGCCGAUCUCGUUGAAACGGUUAAAAACGGUGACUAUGAUUUGGGCGCUGCAUUUGAUGGUGAUGGUGAUAGAAACAUGAUCAUUGGAAGAAACUCAUUUUUUGUUACUCCAAGCGAUUCAUUAGCUAUCAUUGCCCACUAUCUCGAAUGUAUUCCAUACUUUAAAAGGAAUGGUGUUACUGGAUUUGCAAGAAGUAUGCCAACUGCAGCAGCUGUAGAUCUCGUUGCUUCCAAACAAAAUAAGGAAUGCUUCGAAGUACCAACUGGAUGGAAAUACUUUGGAAACUUAAUGGAUGCUGGUCUUUUGUGUUUGUGCGGUGAAGAAAGUUUCGGAACCGGUUCGAAUCAUAUUCGUGAAAAGGAUGGCAUUUGGGCAUGUCUUGCUUGGCUUUCUGUGAUGGAACACACGGGAAAAGGUGUUGAAGAGAUAUUGAAACAACAUUGGGCAACUUAUGGACGAAACUAUUUUACACGUUACGAUUAUGAAGAAUGUCCACUUGAACCCUGCAACGAAAUGAUGGCGACACUUGAAAAGACCAUUACCGAACCAUCGUUUAUUGGGAAAGAAUACUCAUCAGGCGGAAAAACAUAUAAAACUAAAAUCGCUGACAACUUCAGCUACACUGAUCCAGUUGACCAAUCAGUUUCAACUAAACAAGGUUUGAGAAUUGUAUUCGAAGACGGUAGCCGUAUUGUUAUGAGACUUAGUGGAACGGGAAGUUCUGGUGCAACCGUUCGAUUGUACAUCGAUUCAUAUGAAAAAGACAAUGUAUUGGGUUUUGCAAGUCAAAUGCUUGAACCGCUUAUUCAAAUUGCAUUAGAAAUUUCUCAGUUGCCACAAUUCACCGGUAGAGACGCACCAACUGUCAUCACAUAGGAUCGGUAAACAUCACGCAAACACACACUCUCUAAAACAGUAAAUGAUACGCGCACACAUAAUAAUAGUAGGAGAGAAUCGCAUGGAUGUAUCGGUAGCAGCGGCUUAAAGUCAAUAUUGUUUUAAUAAACUAGCCUUUGAAUUAUUGAAUGGAAAUCAUUGUUAGAGAAACAUUUAUGCUUAAGUUCAAUAAUCGAAAUAUCCUGUUGAAUAAAGAUUGUAUUUUGUAUUUGUUUGUCAAAA